AUGGCCUUGAGCAAGCUACUGGUCAUUUCCACCCUGGCAUCGGUCCGCGCGUGGGAAGAAUGUUAUGCGGUGCCGAAGGGGGAUGCUCUGGUCCCCAAUGAUGCUGCAGCUGUGGAUCCUUGGACACAGGGCCCAUGGGCCUUGGUGCAACACCCUGACGUCCUCCACAAGUGCUUCCGUGAGUGUGCUGCCGGCGUCUACGAUCUCACGUACUAUGCAAGCAGUCCCUCCCAGCUCUCUGUCACCCAACCUGCUGAGAGAAAGUACUGCUCCAACGAGUCACUUUCUGCAGCCGCUGAAAUCCAGGAGGUAGAAUGCACCAGCUCGGUAUUCAAGUGCAGCAAGCAGAUGGGAACUGCCAGCAACGCGUGCAGUGGGAAGUUUCAGCUGACUGAGGCCUAUGACGGUAAUCAGACGACACAGUUGACUUGGUUCAUGGCCCUCUCCUUCUUCAUUUCAGAGCCUGCUCGUGGCAAGACGGAGCCUGUUAUUCAAGCCAGCUUUGUGCUUCCAUCCGGUACCGAAUAUGUGGGGAGGUACACAGUUGACGAAAGCAAGUGCACUGGUGUUGGAUUCUGGGGUCCCUCGUUCCUCGUCUCAGCAGGAGAAGUUGAGGAUCCACCCGAUCCACCCAUCAUUCCAGAGAUGCAGAAGCUCGGACUGCAGUUCCCGAAAGUCACGGCGGCCCCUGGGCAUGGGAGCAGUGGCGGUGGCUUCCCGGAUUUGGCGACCGUUGCCGUGAUCACAUUUGUCACCCUGGCGAUUUGUGUCGCCUUGUGCAUGCGCCGCGCAAGGAAGGUCCGGGAAGCGGAGGAGAUUGAGCUCCACGGCGCUGUCAUGUCAUCGACACCACGGGACCCACACCUCCUGCCGAGAUAUGCCAGGUCAGCGAACCAGCAGCCAUCAGAGAACAGAGAUGCGGGAAUGCCAGCUGUGCAGAAGCAGGACGAGGACAGUCUUCGCAUGCCCAAAGCCAUCGGGCCGCACGCACGACAAUCCCAACCUGGUCGAUCUGUCUCCAAGCAGCCGCAGGGGGCGUGCUGCGAAGUCGAUCGUGCACGGGGAGGGCCCCUCGGUCCGAAAGUGACUGGAAAGGCCCAGGCUCUGGAAGGUUCCAGCUUCAAGCUAGUGCAAUCCUAG